UGCUGUGAAAUGAUACAUUUUACAGACAUUUGGUGUUUUUAAAGCCGAUGCGUUUUCAUGCGAGGUUUGUUUAUUGUGAGAUGAGAGUUUGGUAUUUACACUCCGUUCAACAAAACACGGUUCACACUCGCGCAUCUCCUCAUCGCCUUCUGAAUCUGAUCUGAACGCGAUUAAAGCGUCCGGCGGAUGAAUCAGUGAUGAUUUCUGGUGAAUAAUGUGUUCGUGGAUGAUGCUGAAGUGAUCCGCUGGUUGUCGCACUCGGUGUGUGUUUGUGUUUGUGUCGGUGGUCCGGAGGGCGGAGCUGCGGGUCUCUGCGCCCCCGGUACCGACGGUCACACCGAUCACUGCUGGGCGGAAGAGCGUCAUUUCAGCAGAAAACUGACCGCGAGAGAAGCAGCGCGGACGGAUAUCAGGCGUGGAUCGAGCCGUCGACGAGCAUCGAGAGUGAUUUUCUCUUUCGCCCGCAGCGGGAUGGAUUUACACGCGGACGCCCGACACGAGCGCGAUCCGCCCGCAUCACCGGCCGAGCGUCACUGAAGCAUCAUCCGCCCUCCGCGACGCAUCCGACCGCUCCGAUGGGAACAAAAGCCGCGCUUUCACCUCCACCCUGAGCGACCGCAUCCGCAAUGAACAACUAGAGGAGCGUCAGGCGAUGGGAUGAAAAUGAGACGUCACAGGGUUUUCUUGAUUUGCACGGUGGGACUGUGUGUCAUUUCCUUCCUGCAUUACUACAAGGCUCUCCACUACGUGUCCCUGCUGAGGGAGUUGUCUGCACCUUACCCUAACAUCAAAUCCUUCAUCAUGGUGACUGGUUUCUUCUGGAAGGAGGGCUCCACCCCGCUCUCCAGCACCUCCCCGAGGCAGGAAGGGCCUCUGCUGGUCUACAGGAUGUCGGAUGGCAAGCCCCGGGCCGGAGAAGGCCUGGUGCUCGACACCGGACAAGAACCUGAAGCACCACAGCCGUGGAAGAGACCUGAAGAUCCGCAGCGCAGGAGCUCAGGCCCUACAGAGGUCCAUAAGGGAGGUUUGAUCGCCUGGCAGCCCAGCAGCCCGACCAACCAGAAGCCCGACCCGCAGAGAGACUCUGCAGUAAGAGUUGCGGUGAACAAGUUUAUGCCACGUCACGCAUCGACUCCAGAACUGCUGGAAUCCUUGGGCGACCUGCACCGCCACACCCACAUCCUCCAGAAUGACCGCACCCCUUAUUUCGUCCGCACCAAAGCAGGCGCUCUGUGCUUCCGUCAGGGGACUGAGGUGGCACCGCCUAAAGACGAGACAUUGAAAGUGAGACCCAGCUUAGCUGCAAUCGGGCAGCGGAGAAUAUUGCAGAAGCCUGACGAGUCACAAACUUCAGCAAAAUCAGUGGAGGAGUCCGGAGCCGCUCAAGGGAAACCCAAGAGGGGCAAGCGGCUGGUGAAGUGCGUUUGUCGGCCGGGGUGGCACGGUCCUUACUGCGGAGUACCCACUAUGGUGUACCACUCCAAUCUGCCCACGAAAGAAAGACUGACACCCCGCGAGAUGCCUCGACGCGUCAUAAAUGCCAUCAAUGUGAACCAUGAGUUUGACUUGUUGCACGUGCGCUUCCGCGAGCUCAUCCGGGCCGUGGAUCUCUUCAUCGUGUGCGAGUCCAACUUCACAGCGUACGGGGAGAGGCGUCCGCUGAGAUUCCUGCACCUGCUGCUCAACGGAACGUAUGAUUACGUGCGCCACAAGAUCCUCUACGUCUUCCUGGACCAUUUCCCAGAGGGCGGCCGACAGGAUGGAUGGAUCGCUGAUGACUACCUGCGCACGUUCCUGACUCGCGAUGGCAUGGCGCGGAUCGCGGGCUCGCGGCCCGAUGAUGUUUUUCUCAUCAAUGAUGCAGACGAAAUUCCAGCUCAGGAAGGAGUCCUUUUCCUUAAGCUUUUUGAUGGCUGGACGGAGCCUUUUGCCAUCCACAUGCGGAAGUCCCUGUACGGAUUUUUCUGGAAGCAGCUGGGCUCCCUCGAGGUGGUGUCUGGAUGCACCGUCGGGAUGCUGAGGGACGUCUACGACAACGAUGGGAUUCGGCUCCGGCGGCGGGAGUACUACACCAUGCAGGGAUUCCGGAAGUAUGAGAAUGACACUGGCCACAUCUUGGUGCAGUGGUCGAUUGGAAGUCCGUUCCAUUUUGCAGGCUGGCACUGUUCCUGGUGUUUCACGCCAGAGGGAAUUCACUUUAAACUCAUUUCAGCCCAGAAUGGGGACUUUCCUCGCUGGGGCGACUACGAGGACAAACGUGAUCUCAACUACAUAAGGGAGCUGAUCCAAACAGGGGGCUGGUUUGAUGGCUCUGUGCAAGAGUACCCGCCCUCGGACCCUAAGGAGCAUAUGUAUGCCCCGAAAUACAUGUUGGAUAAUUACGAUCACUACCGCUACUUGUUGGAGAACCCUUACGCCAAGCAGUUCAAGCUAGGAGGUGCGUAGAGCAGAAUGAGGGCCAAAUGUUGUAAAGAUGGUUUGAUUGAAGACAGUAAGAAAGGGGAACAGAGAGGGAGAGAAGACAUCAGCGUCCUGUUCUUCUCUUUCCUCUCUCUCUUUCAUUGGUCCCAGCAUCCAACACCGUCCAAUAGCUGAAGUCUUCAUGUGAACACAGGCCUUUCAGAGACCAACAGCAAUCCUUUCUGUUUUGGUUGAUGUUUACAUGAAUGAUUCCCAGCGUUCUUUGAGAGACUCUGCAAUAGACGCCUCCUGUGUUCACUGUACAAGACUGUGUGUGUGUGAGAGACAGAGUGAAUGUGUGUGUGAUCAGACUGAAUUUCGUUGGUGCACAGACUUUCUCGCUUGCACUUCAGAAUCAAAAUAAGAAACCCAAAUUUUGGGUUUUUCAGCUUGUAAAAUCCUCCAAACUCAAACAUCUUUUUCCUCGGUCAGAAAAAAAUCUUUGUGUAUCAUUGUGAGCUGUUCUGAAUGAGUUUGUGGACGAGAGAGAGAAAGAGACCAUUCGAGAGAAACAGGGCUUAGUUUGAGCUCUGCUGGGUUCUGAUGGAGCUGAUAUGUAUGAUUGUGCCGAGCGAGAGAGGUCUCCUUAGACAACACAAAUGAGCUUCCUGUUUGAGAAAUCCUUGCAGAAAACAUCCUAAAACUGGGAAAAGAGCUGUAUUCAGAUCAUAUAUUUAGUUCAAACAGUCGUUAAUGUGAACCACCCAUGUUGUGCACAAGAAUGGGGAGAUGCCAGAUAAAAAUGAGACAGACAGACUGGCAGCAUUUUAAGACAUUAUAGCCGCAUUCCGACACAAAGGUUGUUCCAAAUCAUGUUCUGCCUUCUAAUAUCCUUUCUUUUGGCCAAAUUCAGAAUUCUAUUCUGUCAUCUUUUCCAGAGAAGGCAUGAUCCAAGAAUGCAUUGUGACAGUCUACUUGGAAAAAAAUCCAUCCAAGAUGGGAAACAAAGACUUGCUGAUUAUAAAUGCAAUGUAUUCAAUACAGAAAAGCAUUGAUAAAAACAGUUCAGUCCAAUGUGUAUAUUUAAAAGCAUCCCGUUGUUAGCCUAGCAACAUGCAUCGUGCUUAACUAGACUCAGCAAUGCAGCUCACAGUGUUUUGGAACAGAGCCAUGCAGUGUUUGGUGAUCUUGGCUCUCUCGUGCUUUAAUAUUAAGUCAGAGUAGGAAACCGUUUCUUAUGAAACCCCUUGCUGGAAAUUCCCUGUUCUCAGAGCUGUGAAGCCAUCUGAUCGCAUUCGAGAUCCAUGGGGAAUUAAGUUUACACAGCGGCACCAGAGAUCUGAAGAGUAGUGGAAGAUUUGACAGGGAUUGUUGUAGGAUAAUUCUGUCAUUUAUUGACUCUCUUUUUUCUGGGGCUGUUAAAGUCAACGUGAAAUUAACAUUGACUCUCUUAAUUCAUGUUCGUGUCUUAUUGUGAAUGAUUCACCAUUAAUAUUCUAAAGAAUACAGCUGACAUCAUCAAUCCUUCUUUAUCAACCACCUUCAUAUAUAGACACCAUCUGAUCAAUUCAUCAUGAAAAAAAACUCCAAUCCUACAUUUGGGAUCAGCCAUAAACAGACAUCCCGCAGACAUAGAAACAUUUAUGAAGGAUAUUAUCUCUGUGUCAGGCAUGUUGCUAAAAACAGGUCUCCAGAUAUUGCAAAUAUCUGGGCGGGGAAUUAAAAUAUUGCCACCAAACCUUCGUGGUGAAAAAUAUAUCACCACCAGUAGUCAAGAGUCAUGAACUCAUGCUUACAAAUGACUUCACUGAAUACUCACUAGUGUCUGUGUAAAAGCCACUUCGGCUGUGACACCAAUACGUAUCCAUGUGGCCUGGUCAUGCCCAAGAGUGCCAAACAGAAGUACAUUAUAAACAGGCUAAAGAUAGAGACAGCAUUAGAUGUCUGAAGACAUAACAGAUCUCAGCAGAGCAACAGGUGCUCAGUAUCCGUCCAUAAUCAUUUAUAGUGUUCAUCUGUCAGGAUCUCAGAUGUGCUUCAUGCCAGUGUGAUUGCAGUGCAGUUGUGGCCUUCGUCAGCCUUCAUGCUUGAGAUGUCUCGAAAUCUGUGUGAAUUCCACAUGGGAAUACAGUUGAAAUGCUGAGUUUUAUUCCGCUGAGGUCUGGUGAUGCGAUUGCAUUCUUAUCCUGACAGUCAAGCAUUAAUGAGAAGACUGGAUUUUGUUUCAUUUUUUCUGAAUCCUGAAUCAGUUCACAUCUGCAUAUCAAGGAGCAGCAAUAUCUUUAUUAAUGGGCUUCUGAAUGACCUCAUGAGUUGACAUAUUUUACAGGCAGGAGAGCCAAACUCAUAUCCAAGUUCACAUCUGCUGGGUGAGAUCUGCCCAUCCACAACCGUCGUGCCACAUUUGACUUGAUUUAUUUAGGUAUAAACCUGUGUGACAGCAGAUGCUGAAUUUAAUGAUUGUUUUGCUCAUUGAAAUCAAAUGAAGGGCCGUUGAGGUGUUUGGCUUUAGAUCGGGAGCUCACAGACCGCUCUCUCUCUCUCUCUCUCUCUCUCUCAGUUAACAAACAUUCAUUGUUUUAGACUUACUGUCAUUUUUGUUUUGUGUCGUUUGCUGUUGUAAAUGUUGUUGCUGUUUACAUUUAUUUAUCUUAUUUAUUACUAUCCUGUUUCUGUGUAGAAAAGGGAAGAUUGAUCUGUCAGGAGGAGAGAGAAGUUCUUCUCUGAUUCGGUUAGAAAGACUGAAAUGUCUCUCUCCUCCAUGUCAUCCCUCCAUCCUGUCCUGUCGCAUCGCAUUGUUCUUAAACAUGACGGUGAAAGUCAUUCAUGAACCCUCUUGGCCAGAAACACUUUACACUAGUAUGCAAACACACAUGCUCUUGUGCUGUUGAGAUUUGAGAGUUUCAACUGUUCGUGCCAUUUUACUGGUCAUGAUAGAAGCUAACUAGCUGUAAACAUAUUGGUAGUUCAACUUUAAAGUUGUGAUGAAACGAGCAUCAAGAGUAGCGUCAAAUCUUUUCUUCUAUAUUGUGACAUACAUCCAAGUGUGUAAUGAAUUAUCAGAAAAAGACAAAUGCAGAGCAGGACUUGGUUCUGUGCAUCGGCUGCUAUUUGGAUGUUGAGAUGAGCGUGAGUUUGCAGGGGUUGGGUUUAAGAGCACUAAAUGUUUGGAUAAAUCCUGCAUAUGUCACCAGAAAGAAAAUUCAGUUAUGAUUUUGAAUAAACAUUACAAGAUUACAAAAGUACAAAUUAAUCAUAUGUACAGACAAAUUAUUCACAGUAAGAUCAAUAGCAUGCAAUUUGAAAGUAGAUGAAUUUGAAUUGAAAGAAUUGGAAUUGGUGAAUUUUUAUUUCACUUGCUGACGUCAAAGGCUGGAAUAGACUACAGGACUUUUGAAAUCAUAAAAGAUUUUAAAGCAGUAGGCUUCAUACACAUAUUUCUUAUAAUUUUCUAAUAGUUUCAGACAAAAAAAAUGCAGAAACUGAGCAUCUUUACUACACAUAACAAAUGAAAAUAAAAUGUGUUAUAAAAUCGGCUCAAAGUAGCAAAUAUUUUCAAAUAAUGGCACAUUUCAUAUCUUCUGACUGGAUGGAAUCAAAGUCUGAAGUUAAAAGAGUCUCUACUCACCAGAUUUUCAGACAUCUGCAUGUUCGGCAACUCGCGACGACUCUGGGCGAGAAUCUGUGCAAAAUCAUGUAGUGUAUUCCAGCCUUUAACAUGAUUCUCUUAAACUCUUUCAUUACAGAAAGAGCAAACUGACCGCAGAAGGCAGCCGUUACGCUACCGACGGCUGAGGACGCAGUGCGCAUGCGCAGUAAACGGCACGUUUCGGUUCGCAUACUUGUGUGGAGUUGGAUUCUGGUCUUUGUCUCACGUUUGUCUCGUGACUCACCUGUGAGCGGUGUUGUCUGUUAUGAUUUUUAAUAUCAGGGGAGCUUUGCUCGCAGCUCACGUGCCGUUUGUUUUGUGAUAAACGGAUGAAUGCGAACUUUCAUAUUAAAUACAAGACCGGUUUUAUAACGAAAUGAAUGAAAGGAGGAACGAAAGAGCAGCUGUUUCACCACAGAUCAAAGGAAAUGAUGACGUUAAUCAUGAGGUGACUCACACAACACCUGGCUAUUAAAUAUGUGAGCCUAUACAUGACUGAGCCCUCGCUGUUUGAAGAUGAGUGAGUGUCGAACACGCCCAGGGCUCCACAAACACUUCACGAGAUAACCUGAUAAUCUCCCGUGCUGUCAAUACUUCAUAUCUGCACUGCAUUGUAUGAUUUUUAACUUAUUCAGUGUAUUCUGCUUUAAUAUAUUGAAGGAUAUUAUCUUUCGUUAUAUUUUCGGAUGACAUUAACAUUUCUUCUCAUCUUCAUGUGUAAUCUUGUAUAAGACGCUGAGAUGUAUAACACAAAGAUCAUUCUGUAAUGUCUGUCUCUUAUUAAUGCACUGUAUGUUUUUUGUUCCGUUAAUCAAACCAGUCCCCCUGUGAUAUAUGAAUAUGACGUCAUCUCUCUCCGCCAAUCACGUCCUCGGUGUGUGGGAGAGUUUCUCUUCUGGUUCACAGAUGGAAUAAUCACCGCAGUCAGAUGAACAGUGAAAGUGUUUGGACAGCAGAGAAUCUCUUGAAGUCUCUCCUGCACUGCUGAAAAGGAGCGUGUACAUUAAAUGGGUUUAUACAAUCCUUUUUGUUUUGUGUAUAUGAAUGGCUAUAUGUUAACCUUAAAGAAAAAUAUUAAAAAAAUAACAAAUUCUAUGACAAAAACAAUAUAAUAAAUGAAUUUGAAAACCA